GUGGCCAUACCCCACAUUUGCCUCCACCAUCUACUCCACAACAAGUUUCAUUUCUCUAUAAAUACCCUUCUCAAGGGCGUGUGGCCUCCACACUUAAACACAUUGAUCUCUCCUUUUCUUAAUACAAAUUCAUCUUUUUCAGUCCUUCAUCAUUUUCUUCUAUGGCAAUCAACGCCGAUAAUUAUAAGUUUCCUCUAGCAAUCAAUGAUGUUGAGCAACAGGAAACAGCACUAGAGCUUGAAGAACCCAAUAACAAGGACGACUUUGACUACUCAAAAAGAGCACAAUGGCUACGUGCAGCUGUUCUUGGGGCCAACGAUGGUUUAGUCUCCACUGCAUCGUUGAUGAUGGGCGUUGGUGCUGUGAAACAAGACAUUAAGGCCAUGAUACUUACUGGGUUUGCAGGGAUGGUUGCCGGAGCUUGUAGUAUGGCGAUAGGAGAGUUCGUUUCUGUGUACUCACAGCUGGAUAUCGAGUUGGCUCAAAUGAAGAGAGACCAGCAAAGAGAAGCUAGUAAUAAUGAAAGGAAACAAGAAAAUGGAGAAGAAGAAGAGAAAGAGAGCUUGCCAAAUCCACUGCAAGCAGCUGCAGCCUCAGCUCUUGCAUUUUCAGUUGGUGCAAUGGUGCCGCUAUUGUCUGCUUCUUUUAUAAGGAACUACAAGGUGAGGCUGGGUGCUGUAGUUGGUGCAGUGAGUUUGGCUUUGUUGGUCUUUGGAUGGUUAGGGGCUGUGUUGGGGAAGGCACCAGCGGUUAGGUCUUCUGCUAGGGUUUUGGUUGGUGGGCUAAUGGCUAUGGCUAUAACCUUUGGACUAACCAAGUUGAUUGGGUCAAGUGCCCUCUGAUUUAGAGGUCAAUUUGAAAUGAUUUGUGCAACUGCAAAGGUUUUUUUUUUUUUUUUUUUUUUAAAUUUGUGGGUAUGUUGGGUUGUGUUUUGGGCAUGAGAAGGUGUAAGAUUAGCAUGGAAAUAAUGUUGGUUUGGGUGUAAGAUUUGCAGUGGAAGAAAGCAAGAACUGAAGUCUGUUAAAUUACCUGUUGCGUCUUAGCUCAUCUUUCUUGUGAUUUAAUUUCAUUACUUGCACUAAAAGAUACUCUUAUUAUAUUCAA